CACCAGCAGAGUGCAGUGUUAGAUGUGGUGCAUGGUCAUCAGUUUAUGUUUGUUUUUACACCCUUGGAGAGGAGACAACACUAACAGCCAUGCUGUGCCACGUAGCAAGAAGACAGCACAGCAAAUUGAGCAAGCAGUCAUUUUUAAAGACAAGAUGGAUGAUGCAAACACUGAAGCAGUUGAACUGCUCUGCCGCAACAUCAGAAGCUGGAGGGAGCCCUGUCCAGAGCAGUUAUGACGUGGUGGUAGUCGGUGGCGGGCAUGCAGGGUGUGAGGCAGCAGCCGCAGCUGCAAGGACCGGAGCCAACACACUGCUCCUCACUCAUAAAGUAGAAACCAUCGGUGAGAUGUCUUGCAACCCUUCCUUUGGAGGUAUUGGUAAAGGUCAUCUAAUGCGUGAAGUGGAUGCCCUGGAUGGUCUAUGUGGAAGAAUAGCAGAUAAGGCUGGUAUUCAGUUCAAAGUGUUAAACAGGAGGAAAGGACCAGCUGUUUGGGGAUUGCGUGCACAAAUUGACAGAGAUUUGUAUAGGAGGCACAUGCAAGAGGAAAUACUGAACACCCCUAAUCUCACAGUGAAAGCUUCCCCUGUAGAGGAUCUAAUCACAGGCGAUGCAAUGAAAGACAGGGACGACACCAUUGCUCAACAGGGGUGCUAUGGAGUCAUUCUAAAGGAUGGUAGCCAUGUGAGCAGCAAGGCAGUGGUACUGACCACAGGCACGUUCCUACGGGGUGUUAUACAGAUUGGAAUCGAGGAGUGGGCAGCGGGGCGGAUUGAUGACGAGCCGACAAUAGGUCUGGCUAAAACACUGGAGGAGGCUGGCUUCACUGUGGGGAGACUCAAAACAGGCACACCACCGAGACUUGAUGGCCGGACGAUUGACUACAGUGAAUUGGAGAAACAUGGUGGAGACUCCACGCCCAUACCCUUCUCUUUCAUGAAUGAUAGGGUUACAAUUAAGCCUGAAGAUCAGGUGAUGUGUCACAUGACCUACACAACACCAGCCAUUGCUCCUAUUAUACUGGACAACAAGCAUCUGAAUAUACACAUCAAGGAGGAGGUCAAUGGACCAAGGUAUUGCCCAUCCAUUGAAUCUAAGAUAUUCCGGUUUGGUGUGGACAGGCCUCAUCAGAUAUGGCUGGAGCCAGAAGGUUUAGACACUGACAUCGUAUACAUGCAAGGAUUAUCAAUCACAUUACCAGCUGAGCUUCAGGAACAGUGUAUCCGUACGGUGAACGGGUUGAAAAAUACCACAAUGACUAGACCAGGUUACGGUGUAGAAUAUGAUUUCAUGGAUCCAAGACAGAUCAAGGCAUCACUGGAGACCAAAAGACUGCAGAAUUUAUUCUUUGCCGGGCAAAUCAACGGCACGACUGGCUAUGAGGAAGCAGCUGCACAGGGUAUUGUAGCAGGUAUCAACGCAGCCUUACUGUCUAGGAACAGACCCGCUUUCACCGUCAGCCGGACUGAGGGUUACAUCGGCGUCCUGAUCGAUGACCUCAUUACCCAGGGUACAUCUGAACCAUACCGCAUGUUCACCAGCCGAUCGGAGUUCCGAAUGACACUGAGACCAGACAACGCCGACCAACGGCUAACCCAUAGAGGUUAUGAAGCUGGUUGUGUUGGCGAUAACAGAUACUACAAGAACACAGCCCUAGCAGAGACGCUGAGUGAAGGACUGAAACUACUACGCUCGAUCAGGUUAACACGUACUAAAUGGAAGCAAGGAAUAGAGAGACUGGGUGUGAAAACAGCCCUGUCUGAUACGAGCCAUGAUAAACUAAGUGCAUUGGAGAUGCUUCAUGACCCCAAUGUAACCCUAGAGCACCUAGCAGAGGCUGAGCCUAGCCUGAAGAAGCUAGCUGAAGACAAGAAUGUAGCUAUGAGGCUCAAGAUUGAAGGUAUUUAUGCCCCCUUACAACAUCAACAGCAGAUCAUCAUUGACCAAGUCAAGCAAGAUGAAUCACUGGUCCUCCCUGCAGACUUGGACUACCACAGCCUGACUUUGGCCUCAGAAGCUAUUGCUAAACUCUCUGCAGUGAGACCACAUACGAUUGGAGCGGCAAGUCGUAUCCAAGGGGUGACCCCAGCCGCAUUGGUCCAGCUGCUUUAUUAUGUCAAGAGAAAAGGAAGACAGACUGCUGUUGCAUGACCAAGAGAAAGGGAAGACAGACUGUCGUUUCAUGAACAAUCAAUCUCCGCACAUUUAUUGUGGUAUGUCGUGGCCUAGCGGAUAAGUGCACCGGACUCAAGCUCUGGUGUUUUUGAUCAGCAGAGUGUUGGUUCGAG